UUGAACGUGGUUUUGGCUGCUGUUAUCGGCGUAGAGUGCAGAGCGUGGCUGUUGAAUCGUCGUAGCUGCCGUCUUUUCACCGAAUUGCAAACUUUCGGCAAGUGUGUACUGCACACACUUCCGCCGUCGUGUUACUGGUUUUAUUGCUUGGAGUUUCAUUCAGUCAAGAUGCUGAAUAACUCAGCCAGCAUCAAGGACCGGGAGACGCUCUACAGACUCAUCAUUAGCCAACUGUUCUACGACGGGCAUCAGACGCUCGCAGUCAGCCUGUCCAACAUGGUGAAAGCGCACCCUGCGUGCCCUCCGUCGGACAGAUUGCUGAACAUUGUCAGUGCCGGCCUACGAGUCGAACAAGAGUCAAAAGGCAGCAAGGUCUCGAACUUAGACCAGCUUUACAUGGGACCUGGAAUCGACUUGGAGUACGAAACCGAAGCCGCCUCCCUCGCACCUGAGCCUGCAUUGUACGAGACCUGUUAUGUCACAUCCCACAAGGCACAGUGCAGAGCAGGAACAUUCAGCCGAGAUGGACAACUUGUUGCGACUGGCUCAGCUGAUGCUUCUAUUAAGAUCCUUGAUGUGGACCGUAUGCUCGCCAAAAGUGCCAUGCCUCCCGAAGUGGCGGCGCAGGAGUCGGCACAGCAGAACAUGGAGACGCACCCCGUCAUUCGCACCCUCUACGACCACAUUGAGGAGGUGACGUGCCUCGAGUUUCACCCGCGGGAGCAAAUCCUGGCAUCUGGCAGCAGGGACUAUACUGUCAAGUUCUUUGACUUCUCAAAACCGUCUGUGAAGCGAGCAUUCAAGACAGUUCAUGAGGCCGAAAUGGUGCGAUGCCUAGCGUUCCACCCAUCUGGCGACUUCAUAUUGGUGGGAACCCUGCAUCCCACCUUACGGCUCUACGAUGUCAACACGGCCCAAUGUUUCGUGUCAUGCAUUCCUUCGGAUCAGCACAAGGGUGCCAUAAAUGCGGUUCGUUACAACAAUACCGGCAAGCUGUACGUGUCUGCUUCCAAGGACGGCGACCUGAAGCUCUGGGAUGGCGUGAGCAACAAGUGCGUCUGCACGUUUCCGCAGGCCCACGACGGCAACGAGGUCUGCUCCGUGGUCUUCUCUCGCAACGGGAAAUACGUCCUGUCAAGUGGCAAAGAUUCCAUCGUGAAGCUCUGGGAGCUGUCCAUGUCCCGGUGUCUCAUUGCCUACACGGGAGCAGGAGCAACUGGGAAGCAGUCUCACAGGGCUCAGGGAAUCUUUAAUCACACAGAGGACUAUGUUCUCUUCCCCGACGAGAAGACCACCAGUCUGUGCAGCUGGGACUCGAGAAACGCUGAACGGCAGCGUUUGCUUUCCUUGGGCCACAACAACACAGUUCGUAAUUUGGUCCAUUCUCCAACGGGCCCGGCCUUUCUGACGUGCAGCGACGAUUUCAGGGCUCGUUUCUGGUAUCGUCGUGUAGAGGCCGUGGACUGAACAAUGCCAUGCUGUUGUUUAAAUGGACAACAUCCACCGCACAAAUCAUGCCUUGUCUGAUAGUCUUGCGUCCACAGUCAUCCAUUCUUGUGACAAGAAACGACACUCCAAGCGUGAAAUAAAGUGUUUCUUUAUGCCUUGUUUUUUUUUUAUGACAAAA